GGGAGUGUGUGCACAUCGGCCACUGGGUGUCCGCCGAUCACCAGUCGCUUGGAGGGAAUCGCUGGGCUUGGAUACAAAGUUGCCGGGGCCACAGAUACAUUGUGUCCGCUCCCGAGGAUUGACUGAGCGUCGGGCCGGGGCCGGUGCCGGGUCGGUGCUGCAGGGAAGGCCGUCUCCUCCCCUUCCCCUUCCCCUCCCCUUCCCCUUGCUCCCGCUUCGAUGGGAAGAGCCCCGGCUCCGGCCCGGGAUCCCGCUCCUCCAGCCCGGCUAACUGCGCCCUGAGACACAGCGGCUCCAGUACCAGCCGCAUCCCCCCAGCCGGCUCGACAGGCAUUCACAUUCCCACCCGCACACUAACAUCCCUCCACCCCCUCCACCCCCGGACCGUUAGUGUCCCGGGACCGUCAUCUCAAACCCCCACCUCCUCCCAUCCCUCUCUCCCUCCCCCGGCAUCUCCGCCCCAGAACCUGUUCGUCUGUCCCCCUCCCACCUCCCGUGGCUCCCUGUCCUUGUCCCUGCAUCCCCCGGUCUACACAACCUCACCCCACCGUCCACUAACGCGUUGCCUUUGAAAUACCCGGGACCUUUCGCCCAUUUAACACCUUCCCACCAGGCCCCUCUCACCCUAUUUCCCGUCUCCUUCCAUCUCAUCAAAGUCAAAGUAUCCUUUAUUUGAGAAAUUCUCAUUUCUCCCACUCCCCCCCCCCCUCCCCACCUGAGUCUUGCUCCCUCUCUUAGUCCCCAAUUCCUCCUCCUGACACAAUUGUCCUCUGAACUAGUUUGCGUCCCCCCCCCCCCAUUCUCUCUCUCUCCCCCCUCCCAUUCUCAUUUACCCUCCUCCCCAAUCCCCAUUUCCAGGAUUAAUUCCCCUUGGAAUCCCGCAGCUUCUCCAUCCCCCUACCCUGACACUUCAUCCUCUCCUUCCCAUCCCAUCCCCAUCCCUGGACGUUCCCUCUCCACACGUUCCCGCACCCAGCUGCAGGAUGGAGGAGUGGAGGCAGUGUGGACGCUGGCUAAUAGACUGCAAGGUGCUGCCCCCCAACCACCGGGUGGUGUGGCCGGCAGCCCAGGUUUUCGACCUGGCGCAAGCUCUGAGAGACGGGGUGCUUCUCUGUCAGCUUCUGCACAACCUGAGCCCCGGCUCCAUCGAUCUCAAGGACAUCAACUUCAGACCACAGAUGUCCCAGUUUUUGUGCCUGAAGAACAUCCGAACAUUCCUGAAAGUUUGUCACGACAAGAUCGGACUGAGGAAUAGCGAGCUCUUCGACCCGUUUGACCUGUUCGACGUGAGGGACUUUGGGAAGGUUAUUUCGGCAAUCUCCAGAAUCUCCCACCACAACGUGGUGCAGAGCAAAGGCAUCAGGCCGUUCCCUUCGGAGGAGACCGCGGUGGAUGAUGACGAUGUCUAUCGCAGCCUGGAGGAGUUGGCCGACGAACACGACCUGGGGGAGGAGAUUUACGACUGUGUUCCGUGCGAAGAUGAUGGCGACGAUAUUUACGAGGACAUCAUCAAGGUGGAGGUGCGGCAACCCAUGCAGAUUAGGUACAUACAGAAGCUGGGAAUGACAGAGGAUGACAAGAGGAACUGCUGCCUUCUGGAGAUCCAAGAAACCGAGGCCAAGUACUACAAAACACUCGAGGACAUCGAGAAGAAUUACAUGACCCCAUUAAAGGCCGUCCUGAACCCCCAGGAAAUGGAAGCCAUCUUCAUUAACCUCGAGGAAUUGAUCCGAGUGCAUUACAAUUUAUUGAGAGCCAUCGAUCUGGCCGCCAUCUCGGGAGGCAACACUCUUUAUAAAGUCUUCCUGGAUUUCAAAGAACGGCUCUUGAUCUAUGGCAAAUACUGCAGCCAGAUGGAGACUUCACAAAAGACCCUGGACCAACUGAUGGCAUCUCGAGAAGAAAUACGGCACAAAAUCGAGGAGUGUACCCUGAAAGUCCAGGAAGGGAAGUUCAAACUGCAGGAUCUGCUGGUGGUCCCGAUGCAACGCAUUUUAAAGUACCAUCUCCUGCUGAAGGAGCUGCUGAGCCAUUCCAACGACCGCCCUGAGAAGCAGCAAUUGAAGGAGGCACUGGAGGCGAUGCAGGAUCUGGCGAUGUAUAUCAAUGAGGUCAAAAGGGAUAACGAAACGCUGAAGAAGAUCUCUGAAUUCCAGUGUUCCAUCGAGAACCUUCAAACCUCACUGGCAAAUUACGGCAGACCGAAGAUUGACGGUGAAUUGAAAGUUUGUUCCACAGUUAACAGAACAAAACAGGACCGGUACCUGUUUCUCUUCGAUAAGGCUGUGAUCGUCUGCAAGCGGAAAGGCUACAACUACGAGCUGAAGGAGACGAUUGAUCUUCAAACCCACAAAAUGACCGACGACCCAAUGAACAACAAGGACCUGAGAAAGUCCCAUGGGAAAAUGUGGUCCUACGCAUUUUACUUAAUUCAUCUUCAGGGCAAACAGGGCUUCCAGCUGUUCUGUAAAACAGAGGAUAUGAAGAGGAAAUGGAUGGAACAGUUUGAAAUGGCACUAUCAAAUAUCAAACCGGAGAAAGCAACAGCAAAUUAUCACAAUUUCCAAAUGAUGACGUUCGACAAGUUCACAAACUGUAAAUCCUGCAGAAUGUUGCUGAGGGGGAUUUUUUACCAAGGGUACACUUGUUCCAAAUGUGGGACUGGAGCUCACAAAGAAUGCCUGGAGACAGCAGCACAAUGCAAGUUAAACACACCGGUCGAUGAUCUGGAUGCUGGGCAGCAGCAGACAACAGGUCCUAGAAUGUUGGCGGUCCGUUGCUACCAGGGCAUCCCCCUUCCGCCCAUCGGAAAACAAGUCCUCAGUUUCCAGAGCGGAGAGGUGAUUGAGCUGGUCAAGGGCGACCCUGAUUCAACAUGGUGGGAGGGACGAGUCAUUCAAACCAAGCGGUCUGGUUGUUUUCCAAGCUCAGCUGUGAAACCUUGUCCAGUCGACUGCCGACCUGUUAUUAAACCCGCUUCAAAAGAGCUUGACCACAGCACGUACCCUUGGUUUGCAGGGAACCUUGAGCGAGGACAAGCUGACAACCUCCUAAAGUCACACAUCAGUGGGACAUAUCUUAUUCGAGAGCGGACAGCAGAGGCGGAAAGAUUUGCAAUUAGUAUCAGGUUCAACGAUGAGGUGAAACACAUUAAAGUUGUAGAGAAGGACAAUUGGAUCCACAUCACUGAGGCCAAAAAGUUUGAGAGUCUCCUGGAGCUGGUAGAAUACUACCAGACACACUCGCUGAAAGAGAGCUUCAAACAGCUAGACACAGUAUUACGGUUUCCAUACAAACAACGAGACAGGACCGUUCAACGUUCAAACUCACGGACUCAAGCCACUUCCUCCUCCUCUUCCUACAACUUUGCUUUCCUUAGUCCUCAGGGCUUCAGUGUUGGGUCCCAGAAUUCUGCUCCUUUCUGGUCAGUGUUCAAUCCUCGACCCAUUGGCAUGGCGAUCGCACGAUACAAGUUUGCAGCCCGUGACAUGAGAGAGCUCUCGCUGAGAGAAGGAGACGCGGUGAAGAUCUACAGCAAGAGCGGGGGCGACCAGGGAUGGUGGAAAGGUGAAGCAAAUGGCAAGAUUGGUUGGUUCCCCUCAACGUAUGUGGAUGAGGAAGCACUGCCAUGACAGGUGGUACAACGUCACCUAUUCUGGAAGAACUCAGCACGCACAGCCGAUGUCCAAAAUCCAGAGAGGGCUGACAGCAAACAGCUUUUUAAUCUACCUUACUGCCCUUCCUGUUGAGACUUUUGAAUAACCUGCCGACUAAUUUGCCACAAGCAUCCCGAUGUUGUACAUAACUCCCUUUUUUCAGAAAAGAAAAACCCUCAAAGAGUUUAGAAAUAAUUUUCAGUCGUGUGUGUGUGUGUGUGUGUGGAAUAGUGUGCGUAUGAUUGUGUGCAUCCUGGGGGGACAAAGGGGUGCACGUGAAGUGUGAAUUUUUAUGGAGUAUGGGAAAUUAUUGACGCGUGCCUGUUUGUGUGAGAAUCCUUUCUAAAAUUGUAAUUAUUUUACCAAUGCCACAACGUAUGUGAAUAUUUUACGGAAUGUUGUUAGGCUGAUGCCAAUGUAUAUAUAUAUGGGUUCAUUGUGGGUCGAAUGGCGUUCGAGCUAAAAUUAUUACUGAACUUGUUAAGGGAUGAAUUGACAAUGUAAAUUGGUACAAUGUUUUUUUGCACUGCUAACAUGGAUAAUGCAACUGGUUUGGAGAGAAACUGGGAUAAUCUGACUCCUGGUGUGCUGCUUAGAGAGAAGAACCAGGACGUGUACUGUAUUUCAGUGCAAGUCACGUUUUGGAACAAAGAAACUUAUAGGGCUGUGACUGCAACUUGGACUGUAAAUGUUUCACAUAAAGCAACAAAUAAAAGCAACUGUUUCUUUCAACUUU